UACAUCCUCAACCUUCUCUCUCUAGAUCUUCUCUCUCUGCUUGAUGCACCUAAUUCUCUUCUUCUCAUCAUCUCUCCCUCUCUCUCAAAUCAGUGAAAGAGUAAGAAAUUCUGUUGGUUUAGCUUUUGGUUUCAUUUUUACCAAGUCAACAAGUGAAAGAGGCAAAGAGGGAGGCUAAUCAGCUGUUGGGUUGUCUUCAUAAUAUUUCUUCUACUCGCUGCAAGUUUUGCUUGAAUUUGCAAGCCUGGCUAAUCGGUGGUGGACCGGACAGGUAGGACUGCCGGGAAUUGAGCCGGCAGCUAGUCCUCCGAUGCUGAAUAAACGGGAUCUACAGAUAUCCAUAAAUGAAAAUUACAGUAGUGGUAGAAGUGGUGGCAUGAGAGGUGAUGACGACGAUGAAGAAAGAGAGAACUAUGAUGACCCCAAAGAAGGAGCAGUUGAGGUCGGUACACGAAGACCUAGAGGCCGGCCUCCUGGAUCUAAAAACAAGCCGAAACCACCCAUCUUCGUGACCCGUGAUAGCCCUAACGCGCUCCGUAGCCAUGUGAUGGAGGUGGCUAGUGGCACAGAUGUGGCGGAAAGCAUAGCCCAAUUCGCGAGGAAGCGUCAGCGAGGUGUCUGUGUGCUCAGUGGAAGCGGCUCGGUGGCCAACGUGAUGCUGAGACAGCCGGCUGCACCGGGUGCUGUGGUGGCACUACAGGGGAGGUUUGAGAUCCUGUCCCUAACGGGGGCAUUUCUACCCGGACCGGCCCCUCCUGGAUCAACAGGAUUGACCGUGUACCUGGCAGGCGGUCAAGGGCAGGUGGUUGGAGGGAGUGUCGUUGGGACACUUGUGGCGGCCGGACCAGUCAUGGUCAUUGCCGCCACUUUUGCUAAUGCAACCUAUGAGAGAUUACCGCUGGAGGAAGAAGAGCAUGAUGAUGCAGGUAGUGCUGGGCAGGCUCAGCUGCCCGGAAAUUCACCGCCUGCCAUUGGAAGUAGUGGUGGGGGUCAACAGCAGCCCGGGCUACCUGAAUCCUCGUCUUUGCCCCUUUUCAAUAUGCCGGCGAAUUUAUUGGCUAAUGGAGUUCAAAUGAGUCAUGAUGCCUACAAUUGGACUCAUACCAGGCCACCUUAUUGAAUGGAAGAGCAAAAGAAAGAGGGAGAAAGAGAGGAAUGGCGUAAGUACUUCAUCAUAUUUGAAUAGUGAGAUUAAGAUAGAAAUUGGAAAGAAAUAUAUAGGGUACUAAGAGAAGUGAAUGAGAUCCAAAGCAAUAUAUAUAUAGUUCCCU